AUGACAUCAAAUGUGAGGUCCAAGAGUCGGAAUGUAAUCAAACGCAGCCAAACCACGCCCUCUACUGGCAAACCACGCCCUCUACUGGCAAACCACGCCCUCUACUGGCAAACCACGCCCUCUACUGGACAAACCACGCCCUCCACAGCGGAGAUGGAGGCCCAGAUGUUGGUGGAGCGUGAGGAGGAGGCGGCGCGUCAGGCCGUUCUGGAGCAGGAGAAACGAGACCGAGAGCUCGCCCUGAGGAUCGCCCAGAGCGAAGCGGAGCUCAUCCCCGAGGAGAGCGCUGACGCAGGGCUGAGGAGAGGUCCGGCCGUCCAAGCCUCCAAAGCCGCCGCCGGGACCAAGAAGCACGAGCUGAGCAAAUGGAAAUACGCCGAGCUCCGCGACGCCAUCAACACCUCCUGUGGUGAGUCCCGGUACUGCGGCCUCACUCCGGAAUGUUCCGCAGUGUGGCUUUACACUCACCCGCCGCACAUGUCUUCAGUCGAGAAUCAAAAACACCGUCUGCUUCUGUUUUCUCGUACGUUUCUCGAGUUCCACCGGAGGCUCAAAGUUUAUCACGCCUGGAAAUCCAAGAACAAGAAACGAAACACAGACGCAGAGCAGCGAGCGCCCAAGUCCGUCACUGACUACGCGCUGCAGCAGGCCCCGCCCAUCCCGCCGCGGCAGCUGGAGGCGGCGUUGAACCGGCAGCAGCGGUUUUUCCGGAUCCCGUUCAUCCGGCCCGGGGACCAGUUCAAGGACCCGAGCGGGAAGAAGAAGGGCUGGUGGUACGCGCACUUCGACGGGCCCUGGAUCGCUCGCCAGAUGGAACUGCACCCCGACAAGCAACCCAUACUACUGGUGGCAGGCAAAGACGACAUGGAGAUGUGCGAGCUGAGCCUGGAGGAGACCGGCCUGUCCCGAAAACGAGGAGCCGAGAUCCUGCCCCGGCAGUUCGAGGAAAUCUGGGAACGCUGCGGCGGCAAAGAUUAUCUGAGGAGCGCCAUCGAGAACCGGCAAGCCAGGCCCACCUACGCCACCGCCAUGCUCCAGUCCGCCUUCAAAUAGUACGACCACUACUACUACUACUACUACAAGUACUACAGCUACUACUACUACUACUACUCCAGAAGAGGUCCACCUGCGCCGGGCAGAACUGCAGUCUGUGUUCAAGUCCUGACUCCACCGCCACAGCAGGGACGUCCCGAUCUGAUACCGAUUCUUAAAAAUAUUUGCGAUUCCGAAGCUGAUCUCGUCCCGUUACGAGCGUCUAACUUUUUAUGAUUUUAUUUACGACGAAAAAACCAACAAGGAUCUAGAAGAAAACAUCGAGGAUAAGUCGUGAUUCGGGUGAUUUUUUUGGAGAUUAUUUUUGUCGGCGAAUCAUUUUUAUCCACAAAAAAUGUAUAAAAGAAAAAAAGAAAGAACACAGUGACAUGUAGAUGAAGAAAACUGGGCUUUUUUCAGUUUUCUCAGAUUUUCUCAGAGUUCCUGUCGCCAGCAGAGCCCAGAGGAAGUCGUUAUCCGCAUGUUUCCAAACGUCUCAAGGUUUUGUGUGAAUUUAUGGAAUAAAUUUUGAGUCAAAUAAAUCAAAAAACGCUUUUAAAACAUCAAGUUAAAAAGUAUAAAUCAAAAUAGCAACUUUUAAAAAAUCUAAAUGUGUCUUUGCCUCUUUGGAAACGUUUUCUUUGGUUCUGAUUUCAGUUUUCUCGUUUGUGCUUUCGGACUUUUUGGUGGAGUUUUGGCACAAACGUGGAAAUGUGGGCGGGGUUUCAGUAGGCGCGUUCCCAUUGGCUCAUUUAUGUUUGACGGACAGCUGAGAUUAGAACUCCCGAAGCUGUUGUGGAUGUUUCCUCUUGAAGUUUUUGGCGACUGAAACAACUUUAUCCAGAAUUUACACCGUGUAGAGUAAAGUUGUUCCAGAACAGGGGUCUCCAGCCUUUUUCUUCCUUUUUCCUCGACGUUUUUUUUUUUUACUUUUACAAGACAAAAAUGCCAGAGAGCUGCUCUUUUUGGCAGGCACGAGAAACUGAGUAAAUAUAAUAACCACGGUCUUAGAGAAGAGAUGGACGUCUAUAAAACAUAAACCAUUAUCUGUUUCAUUAGUGCACAAAGGCAUCACAAUUAUACAUUUACAACGGUAAGAGGCGUUUAAUCGAUUCAAUUUGAAUUAUUCAGCAAAAUACGUGGAAUUCAGAAAUCCCUUGGCUCCAGAGUUACAGGUUGGAGACCCUUGUUCCAGAAGAAAACGCUGAAUAUUAGAAAAACUCAACAGGAAGCUCCAGGCUCGGCUGUCCGUCAAACGUAAAUGAGCCAAUGGGAACGCACCGACGGAAACCCCGCCCACCUGUCACGACUGGGCCAAAACGGUCACGAAAAAGUCAAACGAGAAUCAGGAACCGAAGAAAACGGCGUCAAACUAAAGUGAGAAAGACACGGAACAAAAAUAAAGAGGCAAAGAUGGAGAUUUUAUCGAUUUAUACUUUUUUGCUUGAUGUUUUUGAACAAUUUGACUCAAAGUUGAUUCCGUAUGAACAGAGCUCGUUGUCUCUAGUUGAAGCUGCUGUGGGCGUUUGCAGCAGGUUUUGCAGAGGCAGUCGUGUGUUCAGGGUUCCCACGGUCAUGGAAAUCCUGGAAAAGUCAUGAAAAUUGAAAAUAUAAUUUUUCAGGCCUGAAAAAGUCAUGGAAUUUUGCAAAUUCAAUGAAAGUUUUGGAAUUUUAGUUUCCCUUUCACACAACUCCAGCGUUCUGUUAAGUUCUCGUGAGACUGUUGUGAUUUUUUUUUUUUUUUUAAUGUUCAAAAACUAUAAACCCAAACCAUAAGGUGAGUGGAAAGAGUUCACAUUUCAGAUUUAGCCUUAAAAGUCUGAUCAGUCAUGGAAAAUUCACUUAAGCUCAUGGAAAAGUCAUGGAAAAGUUUUGAAAUUUUGUCAGCGAGAAAGAGUUUGAAACCUGCGUCUCUGCGUCUUUUCACACGAUCUGAUCCAAGAUAAUCUGCUAAAAUGUCGCCGAAAAUACUAGUAUUGGAUCGGGACAUCCCUAAGUACUACUACAACUACUACAAGUACUACUACUACUACUACUACAGAGGAAUACACACUACUACAAAAACCUCAACAGGACUCUAGAAACACGUCGUCUGCUGCUGAGGCCCACGUGGCGUCCGUUUUUCACUAAACCGGGACUUAAACCGGGCGCCGGUCUGAGUCUGGACCCAAGCAGAGACUCGGACUCGGACUCGGACUCGGAGAGGUUCUGGGGUCCGAACCCGACCGGAGCCGUCCAGUCUUAAAAAAAAAGGACUCUGGGAUCGUCCGAACUUCCACCUCGCGUUUAAUGAAAACUUCUGAGUUUUCCCCUCGAAUCCUCAGGCAGCUCAGGCUUCCAACACUACGCCCGUUUAAACACUACUACUACUACUACUACUACUACUACUACUACUACUACUACUACUACUACUACACACUACAACUAGGGCUGCACGAUUACGGAAAAUAUCUAAAUCUAAAAAUAUUUGUGUUUUAAGAAUUUACCGAAAGACUGAAAUCUGAACUGACAAACUGAUACAAGAAUUUCAGAAAGUUUUUAUUUUAUUUUUUCUUCGUGCUCCUGCAGCCCUAAAUACUACGAAUACUACGAUUACUACUACUGCUACUACGAGUACUGCAAAUAAUACUACACUACAUUGUGAGUAGUAGCAGUAGUAAAUUCUGUAAACACUAACACACCAAAACCUGAACUGUAGGUCCCAAACUGUCAAGGCAUCUUCUACUACAAGUACUACAAAUACAAGUACUACUACUACAAGUACUAUCACUACUACUACUUAUACUACUACAAAGGCUUUAAAUGGACCAACUCAUCCCUCCACAUUCUGAGGUUUUAGGACCAGAGACCAAAAACCAGAACAGGGACCAGACCAGGGACUAAACCAAGGACCAGACCAGAGACCAGAAAAAACAGACCAGAACAGGGACUAGACCUGGGACUCAACCAGGGACCAGACCAGGGGCUGCGACAGAGACCAGACCAGGGACCUGAUCAGAGACCAGAAAAGAGACCAGACCAGGGACCAGACCAGAGACCAGACCAGGGACCAUGGAAGAGGCCAGAGACCAGAAAAGAGACCAAAACAAGAGACCAAGGACCAGACCAGGGACUAAACCGAGGACCAGACCAGGGACCA